CAACUACUAUGUAUCAUGGUUUAGAUUAUUAUGUCCUCCAGCAGAACUGCACUUCCUUGCUGCUCCAAUUGAUUCCAGAACGGGACUAGGCUAACUCACCCACUAUCUCACGAUGGGAAGGGUAGACCAAAAUUGACAUUGCCUCGGUGAAUAACACACACAGACGCAGGCGGAGAGAUUCGAUCUCCUGACCUCCUAGUGAGAUGCAGGCGUCCAGCAUUCUAACUCACCCCUCUUCUCGAAAGGUCGCGUAGCUUAGGUUCAUAGGUCUUGUUUUGUGAACUGAGACCAAAGAUUCCACUGGCAGCAUUACUAGAACCAACACAUUGUCCCAAAGCCUAGCACCCAACUCAACAAAUCAAAGUGCCACAGCUAAGCCUAUUUGCAUUUCUAUAUUCUAGCCAACAAUCAUUUCACAACUCACGUCACCACUUUGAAAAAUGCUUAAAACCCCAACGAUCACCCAUUGGGACUCAUAACCCUCCAACAAUGCAAAAAACCCAACAAAUGGAAGGUGUCAAAAUCCCUGGAAAUCACCAAACUGAGCCAAGGGACACAUUCAAAAUCGCUUACGCCAUUCAUUUCUUGCUAGGGGCAGGCAACUUACUACCCUGGAAUGCUCUCAUCACCGCUGCCGAUUACUUCGGGCACCUCUACCCGUCCAAACACAUCGAGAGAGUCUUCUCGGUGGCUUACAUGAGUUCUUCCCUAUUGGUUCUGGCUCUGAUUAUGGGGUUGGGUGGAAAUUGUAAAAUGAUCAUGAGCUUCAGAAUGAGGAUGAACUUGGGCUUUUCUCUGUUCGUUCUGUCUCUCAUGGUGAUUUUAUUACUGGACUGGGCUUGGGAUGGAAAUGGGUCGGAGGGGAGGCCCAAUGGAGCGUAUGGGGUGACGGUUGGAUCGGUUGUUGUUUGCGGAUUGGCUGACGGGUUGGUUGGAGGAAGCCUUGUUGGGUCUGCUGGGAAGCUGCCUAAACAGUUCAUGCAGGCUGUUUUUGCAGGAACUGCUUCCUCAGGCGUUCUUGUAUCCAUCUUGAGGAUCAUAACAAAGGCAUCACUCCCCCAAACACCGCGAGGUCUACAGACAAGCGCCACCUUAUAUUUUAUUCUCAGCACAUUCAUUUUGCUAUGCUGCAUUUUUUGCAGCAAUCUGUUGUACAAAUUGCCAGUAAUGCAGCAGCACAACAAGCUUCUCGGAACCAGCAAUUUGAAUCCAAGGCCAAACUUUUGGGACGUGGCAAGAAAAAUCCGGUGGCCCGCAUUCGGAAUUUUCACUGUUUACACAGUUACUCUAUCAAUCUUCCCCGGAUUCAUGGCGGAAAACAUCAAAUCAACGAUUUGCAAAGAUUGGUACCCGGUUAUUUUGAUCACAAUUUAUAACGUGUUUGACUUAGUGGGGAAAUGUUUAACUGCUGCAUAUGUUUUGGAAAAUGUUGGAAAGGCUACUUGGGCUUGCAUGGCAAGGCUUUUGUUCUACCCCCUCUUUACAGUGUGCCUACAUGGACCCAGUUGGAUGAAAAAUGAGGUGAUAGUGGCAUUUCUGACAAUCGCGCUCGGGUUGACCAACGGGUACCUGACAAGUGUCCUCAUGAUACUCACCCCGAAAUCCGUGCUAGAUCCGGAAGCCGAGGUGUCGGCUGUUGUGAUGGCUGUGUUCUUGGGGAUGGGGUUGGUUGCUGGUUCUAUUCUCGGUUGGUUUUGGAUCAUUUGAGCUUGUUCUAGUAAUGCUUUAUGAAGGACCCUUAUAAUUAAUCUGUUAUUUUCUUGAUGUACUUGCUGAUUCUCUAAAUCACGGUUAAUGUAUUUCUUCUUUUGUUA